CCGCAAACCAGUCCCACCACAGAUCCACCUUCACAAUGGCGGCACAAGACUCCCCCGACGCCUGCCCCGUCGACCACAAGACGCGCGAAGCCUGGCUUGCCCAAGCAAAGAAAGCGAACCCCAAUGCCACCGCACCGCCCACACCACCGCACGCCGCCGCCCUCGCCACCCCCGGCUGCGACUCCUCCUCCAUGGAAGCAUCGCAAUCUGCCCACCCCCCCAAAGCCAUGGACUCCAUUCACCGCCUCGGCACCCAGCGCGAAAUCAGCACCAUCCCGCGCGCGCUCCCCACCGACGACGCACCCGCCUCCGCGCGCCCCGCCAACAGCGAGAAGGACACCGGCGCAGACAAGAAGACGGGCAACUGGAUUUAUCCUAGCGAGCAGAUGUUCUUCGAGGCGAUGAAGCGCAAGGCGUACAACCCCGACGAGACGGACAUGCACACCAUUGUGCCGAUUCACAAUGCCGUCAACGAGCGCGCGUGGAAGGAGAUCAAGGAGUGGGAGAAGGGGCGGGGGAGUGAGGCGUGCGGGGGGCCGAAGUUGGCGAGCUUCUCCGGGUUGUCCUCGAGUCUUACGCCGCGCGCGAGGCUGAAUACGCUGAUGGGUUAUAAGCCGCCGUUCGAUAGGCAUGACUGGGUUGUCGACCGGUGCGGGACCAAGGUCGAGUAUGUGAUCGACUUCUAUGCAGGCAAGGAUGAGGGCCGGGCAGGAAAAGAUUUGAACUUUUAUCUGGAUGUGCGGCCCAAGUUGAACAGUUGGGAGGGUGUGAAAUUACGGGCGUUCAAGUUCAUUGGCUUGUAACCUGUGUCUGUAUGGUGUAUGAUACGACUGUCUUGAUAUCAUCUGUAGGCUGGCUGGGGUGUAUGAUUGUAUCUAUAGUGGAAAGAGGAGAUGUUUCACUCCUUAGCUCUUGGGAAUUAUGAGAAAGCUUGGGCUAAGAAAACGUAGUUCGGCAGACGUCCAUGAACGUUCUGGAACACAUUUGUUCAUGUAGACCUGAUGAAACGUCGAGAAGACGCGUAGUGGUAGGCUUGUCAAGCAACUGUAGUGAGAAUUGUCAGACG